AUGCUCUCACGAUCCAUCGCUCAAUCUGGCGCUCGCGCUGCUAGGAGUCUUGCGCUCCGAAGCGGCUCGGUCCGCAUGGUCACACCUGCUGUCGCUCGACGAACACUGCUCACUUUGUCUGCUCAGAGGUCGCUCGCAUUGGGUGCUCAGAACACCCUUCUUUCUGCUCAGAGGGGCUUCUCGUCUUCCUCGAGCCGCAAGGAGAUCGUCAAGGUUCCCCAGAUGGCUGAGUCCAUCACCGAGGGUACCUUGAAGCAGUGGAACAAGAAGGUUGGCGACUUUGUCAAGGCCGAUGAGGAGGUUGCUACUAUCGAGACCGACAAGAUCGAUGUCUCUGUCAACGCUCCUCAAUCCGGUACCAUUGUCGAGGUGUUCGCCAGCGAAGAGGACACGGUUGAGGUCGGCAAGGACCUGUUCAAGCUCGAGCCGGGCGAGGCUCCCGCCGAGGGCGCUAGUUCUGGCGACAAGCAGCCCGAAAAGAAGGAGGAGAAGAAGGAUGAGGACAACAAGAAGGACGAGUCCAAGGAGCAGAAGCAGCCCGAGAAGAAGAGCGACGACAAGAAGCCUGCUCCGUCGGCUGAUCCGCAAUCGCGACCUUCGGCGGCCAGCUCGUCGCCUCCUGCAUCCAAGACGACAUCUUCGUCAGCUUCGUCUUCGUCAUCUUCGCCGGCUUCGGCUUCUUCUUCGGCAUCAAAAGGCGGUCUUGGGAGCCGAGAGGAGAAUCGCGUCAAGAUGUCGCGAAUGCGUCUGCGUAUCGCUGAGCGCUUGAAGCAGUCGCAGAACACAGCGGCUUCGCUCACCACGUUUAACGAGAUUGACAUGUCGAACCUCAUGGCCUUCCGUGCACGACACAAGGACCGCAUCCUCAAGGAGAAGGGUGUCAAGCUCGGCUUCAUGUCGGCCUUCGCCAAGGCUUCAGCGUUGGCGCUCAAAGACGUUCCGGCUGCCAACGCCAGCAUUGAGGGAGCCGGUCUGGGUGACACGAUUGUCUACCGCGACUUUGUGGACCUCUCGGUUGCUGUUUCGACGGACAAGGGACUUGUGACGCCUGUUGUAAGGAACCUGGAGAGCAUGUCGCUCAUCGAGAUCGAGCAGGCGAUCGCUGAGCUCGGCAAGAAGGCGCGUGACAACAAGCUGACACUCGAAGACAUGAGCGGCGGCACGUUCACCAUCAGCAACGGCGGUGUGUUUGGCUCGCUGUUUGGUACGCCGAUCCUCAAUCUACCCGGUUCGGCCAUCUUGGGCAUGCACGCCGUCAAGGACAAGGCAUGGGUUGUCAACGGCAAGGUUGAGAUCCGACCGAUCAUGGUGGUAGCUUUGACUUACGACCACCGACUGCUUGACGGUCGUGAAGCGGUAACCUUCCUGGUCAAGCUCAAGCAGUACAUUGAGGACAUGCCCAGCAUGCUUCUCUAA